AUGCGAGUUCUGUCUGUCAUUUUUCUUACAUCAGCGGUAAUUCUCGGCAGUCUAAGCGAUGCCUUUUCAACAACUACGCCUGAUCAUGAAGCGAGCUUGAAGAGUUUCAAUCAAGUUAUUGAGGGACACAAACCAAAGGAAUUCCUUCGGCGUCGUCUACAUAGCGGUGGGGAUGAAUUAGUUCGUCUCGUUCCUAAGGAAACCGUCUCCACUGUUGCUAGGGAUAUUCGCACGUUGCCGCACGCCGCCGAACAUCUCGAAAACGCUUUCGCCCAAGUGCAUCCCCACCAAGACGACGAACUCUUUUCAACCGCCUACAAACGUUUGAAUAAUUGA